AUGGUUGCGAACGGGAGCACCGAGACCCGCAGAAGUGACUCGCCAGGUGGUGGGGAGACCCCCGCGGCCCCGAUCCGCUGCUCCGCCAUCGACAAGCGGUCAGGGGAGAAGGUGGCCAUCAAGAAGCUGAGCCGGCCCUUCCAGUCGGAGAUCUUCGCCAAGCGGGCCUAUCGGGAGCUGCUGCUGCUGAAGCACAUGCAGCAUGAGAACGUCAUCGGGCUCCUGGAUGUCUUCACCCCAGCCUCCUCCCUGCGCAGCUUCCAUGACUUCUACCUGGUGAUGCCUUUCAUGCAGACGGACCUGCAGAAGAUCAUGGGCAUGGAGUUCAGUGAGGACAAGAUCCAGUACCUGGUGUAUCAGAUGCUUAAGGGUCUAAAGUACAUCCACUCGGCUGGUGUCAUCCACAGGGUGAGUAUCUUGGAUUUUGGGCUGGCGCGGCAUGCAGACGCCGAGAUGACUGGCUACGUGGUGACGCGCUGGUACCGGGCCCCCGAGGUGAUCCUCAGCUGGAUGCACUACAACCAGACUGUGGACAUCUGGUCUGUGGGCUGCAUCAUGGCGGAGAUGCUGACGGGGAAAACGCUGUUCAAGGGGAAGGAUUACCUGGACCAGCUGACCCAGAUCCUGAAGGUGACCGGGGUGCCAGGCCCAGAGUUUGUGCAGAAGCUGAAGGACAAAGCGGCCAAAUCCUAUAUCCAGUCCCUGCCGCAGAGCCCCAAGAAGGACUUCUCUCAGCUCUUCCCCAGCGCCAGCCCCCAGGCCGCAGACCUGCUGGAGAAGAUGCUGGAGCUGGACGUGGACAAGCGCGUGACGGCCUCGCAGGCCCUCGCCCACCCCUUCUUCGAACCCUUCCGGGACCCCGAGGAGGAGACGGAGGCCCCGAAAUUCGAUGAUUCCUUAGAGCACGAGAAACUAACGGUGGACGAAUGGAAGCAGCACAUCUACAAGGAGAUCGUGAACUUCAGCCCCAUCGCCAGGAAGGACUCGCGGCGCCGGAGCGGCAUGAAGCUGUAGUGAAGGGCCCAGCGGACCCUCGCUGAGCCUGGAACCACCACGGAGACCCCUCCUGCCUCUGCCCCAGGACCAGUGUUGACCCGUCACUGCUGAAUGCUCGUGGAUUGCAGCCUCCCAAGCAGAGGACAGAGGGCCCCGUUCUGUGUAGGCAACAGGCCUGUUCGAGGCAGAAUGAGAGAUGUUGGUUGGAGGAAAUACCUCCGACUGCGGCCGGCCACAUUAAAUGCCUGUGGGGACAGUC